UUUUCAACGUUAGAGUGGCCAAUGGAGUAUCUGGACAAUAUAAUGGCUUAUCUGUGAUAUAAUAGACGAUAUUUCAUUUAGUUAAUUGACUGAACUAAACCAAGUAUGGACAGCGUUUAUGUACUUUACGGUUCCACGUUUUUAUUUUCCUUCAAUCAGAGGGGUGUUUUGUAUGAUUGACAAACCUCAUGAGAAUAUUUAAUCGUAGUGGUUUAUAGGAGGGUCCAAUUUAUUUUCCACUAACUACUCCCGGAAGAUAAACCUAAACAUUAGAAAAUGCUGUAGCCACUUCGUAACCAACUUCCAAUAAAAACACAGUAUUAUUCAUGAUAUGGAUUUUGGGUGACAAAUCCUCAGAUCCAGGCUCAUCUCACGCUUGACCAGAACUUGCCAGUGUCACAGUUAACAUACCCCCUCCAGGCCACUCCUCACUUAAAAGAGAAUGUCUCUGGCCCAGAGAGUCCUACUGUCAUGGACCUUCACCCUCAUAUUCCUCAUCAUGCUGGUCCUCAAACUGGACUCCAAGAUCCACUGGAACUGGUUCCUCAUCUUCCUCCCUGUAUGGACAUUUGACACCAUUCUCAUCCUCAUGCUGGUGGUGAAGAUGGCGGGUCGGUGCAAGCCCGGCUAUAACCCACGGGACGACCAGCAGAACCUGCGGCAGAGGGUGUUGUACCUGGUGGCAAUGCUGCUGAAACUGGGCUUCUGUCUGACGCUGUGCGCCCGGUUGGAGAGGCUGACGGACAUCUGGCUCAGUGUGGUGUGUGUCCCCCUCUGGGCCAUGCUGGUCAGGGCCAUGGUGGAGCUCGGCUACAAUGUCUUUCACUACCGGAGAGACUGAGAGGAGGGAGAAAGAUGGAGAUUGAUUUUAAAGACUGCAACUGAGUCUGUAAGGGAGGUGAAUGGGAGAUUAUUGUAAUCCACUGCAGGAGAAACUGAACUGAAAAGGACUGUGAUGAAGAUAACAAAUGGAUUGGUUUAUUUUACUACAGCAGAGACUGAAAGAAGGGGGGGUGAAGGGAGAUUGCUCCCACUAGUACAGAAUGUAUAGACUACUACAAGAGAGACUGAGGGGGAGGAGAGAGUAGUGAAAUGGCACUAAUGAUAAUGUAUUUGACUUUAUGAUGCUCCCAAAUGUAAUCUUUAUUUCGCCAUAGUGAUGCAUCAAGCAAUGUUGCAGCCAUGAUGGUCUCUGCCAGGGGAACUGAAGUCAAGACUGGGACUAUUCCACAGCUGAUCCACAGCUGAUUUGUUAUUGCUCAGCUAUAAUUAAAAACAUUUGCAUCUGA